AUGACUUAUUGGUCUCAACCUCAAACUGACCCCAUUCAUGCUAGUGCACUCAUAGCCAGACUGAUAAACCUCCUCAAAUUUGUGUGUCUGCUAUUUGAUGAGGAUAAGGAAGAACGACAGCUCAGAAUUACACUUGUUGGGAAAACCGGAGUUGGGAAAAGUGCAGUAGGAAACACCAUCUUAGGGGAAAGGGCUUUUGAAUCUAAACUAUCACCUUCGCCAGUGACAUCAAAGUGUGAGAAAAAAACAGGUCAGUUUGAAGGACAGAGCCUGGCUGUGGUUGAUACUCCUGGUCUGUUUGGCCCCAAAGUAACUGAAGAGGAGGCGAAGAGACAGAUCGCUCAAUGCAUCUGCUUUGCUGCUCCUGGUCCUCAUGUGUUCCUGAUUGUGAUCCAGACAAACAGAUUCACCAAUGAAGAACAAGAAACUGUGAGAAUUAUUCAGCAGAUGUUUGGAGAAGAAGCGGCAGGUUACACUAUUGUCCUGUUCACCCGUGGAGACGAUCUGCAGGCUGAAAGAAUCACCAUAGAAGAAUUAAUCAAUUGUAAUAAAGGUCUCAGUGAAUUCAUCAGUCAGUGUGGAGGACGACAUCAUGUUUUUAACAACAGAAGCACCGAUCCUGCUCAGGUCAGAGAGCUGCUGGACAAGAUCAACACCAUGGUUCAAAUAAAUGGAGGGAGACACUACAUCAAUGAGAAGUUUGAAAAGGCAGAGAGAGUCAUCAGAGAAGAGACGAGAAAACUUCUUAGAGAAAACCCACAGAUGGAGCCCAAAGAUGCAAGAAGACAAGCAGAGAGAGACAACUCGUUUAUCAAGUGGGGCAUUCUAGCAAUUAUUGGAGCUGCAGUGGUAGGUGCUGGUGUAGUAGCUGCUGCAGGAAAUUACAUAGAGCAGAGCAGCUACCUGAACACUAGUUCAACGGAGGAGUGCCCGCAUGGAGUCCCACAAACCCCUUCACCCCACUGCUUCAUGCCAGGAGCCCAGAAGCACCUGGCACUGCCACUGAGCCACAGGGAUCCACACAGAUGCCGGGGCGGGAGUGCUGGAAGUGUUGGUGGCCAGGGCACCUACGGCGGGACUGUCCUAUCAUUGAGGUGGGACGGGUGUUCUGCAUCGCCGGGACACCAGCAUCCGCCCCCAGAUAAGGAAGGAACGUACUGCAUUCUG